AUGGAAGAUAUGGACAUGGUGACGCUGGGUGUGAACUGUGAGAAUGCGUAUUAUAACCACGAAAGCAAUCCUGAUGGUAACCCGCGAAGGGUAACAUACGCGGGAGACAGAAUUAUGUGCACACUCAUGACAGGAGCAUUAUAUUUCCUGAAUGGGUGGGGUACGCAGUCCGGCGGUUCGCACACUACCGACCCUAAUAAUGCAGCGUUGAAGGAAUAUAUAAGAUGCGCAAUAGUAAAUAUAUUUAUGUACAUAUUGCUGGCAUCUCCAUGCAAAAGUACAAUGGGAAUAGAUAAUGCAUGGUACACUGUGAAACAGAUGGAGGAAUCUAUGGGUGGAUUAAUUAAGCAGGGAAAAUGUGGACACGGAGUGUUUGAAAACAUACAAACACAGGAAUUCGACAUGGCAAAAAAGAUUCAGGCAUGGUUAGAGAGCAACAAGAGCUUGACUGAAAAAAUUGGAGGCCAGGGUAUAGAAAGCAUAUGUACGAAAAGCUUAGGAGAACUUGACAGGGUAACACCGGGUACACAUACCAUGCAUGACAACACAGAACUGAGGGAAAAGGAGAAAGAAGCUAUACGUAAGUUAGGCCAACAACUGAAGACCAUAGUUGAGGAGGUAAAGACAGCAGUAGCGCAAUGCGCGCAGGAGAAUGGCGCAUGCAUGGAGCCUAUCGAAGCUGUCUCCCGUAGCGAUCCGCAGGAUGACGCAAGUAAGGCCAAAGUAUCGAACUCUUUCGCAAGCGCUACACCAGCACCAUCCGGCAAAGUAGACGGCAAAGAAUCGCCCAAAUCGGCCACAUCAGGACCCGUAGAAAAGAAGAGCAAGGACCAGGCGGCCUCAGGCGCUACGCCGGAAAAGACAAACACGACGGCGGACACAGCUUCGUUACCGUCACCACGAGGAGCAGAAGUAGGAACAACACAUGACUUAGCCGCUGAGGACGCGGUACCAGCACCGGCACCACCGCCACCACCGGCACGUCCUGCAGCGCCCGCUCCAUCGGGGAAUUCACAAGGUGAGGAUGAUGUGGAGAAGAUACUGAGGGAGUCUGACGAACAGGAGAACGAACGACUUGCACGUAUUAGUAAUACGGGCGGAUUCGAGGGUGAGCACCUGGUAAACGUGAUUCGUCCAGGAGAUACCAGCUGGAUUAGCAUAAGUACAGGGACCUCAACUCCCACUUGGACCAUACCCCCAGGCGAUGGCGUCGUUGAUGGCGGUAACGAUGACCCCCCUCCUCUCAAUCCACCCAAACCAAAACCAACAACGCCAUCCCAGCAUCCCAAUCAGGCGGGCGCAACCAGCAGCGGCGCCGCCGGCAGUCCGACUGCUGCUGGUACUUCCCCGGAUGGUGGCUCUGGUGGUGCAGUUGGUGGUGGUGGAGGAGGUAGUAGUGGUGGUGGAGGGGGAGGAAGUGGAAGUUCCUCAUCCUCCGGACCUGGUUCUAAUGGGGCCCAACCCCCUGGUUCCUCCACACCCGGAUCCGCGGACACUGUGAAUCCAGGUUCCUCCGGCACUGGCUCAACGGGACUAACGCGUAAUGAGAAUAGUGAAAUAAAGCCACCAUCGCCAGAGAAUUUACCCGCGGAUACCGCCAUCAACCCUUCCGUUCCGCCCGGCAUCACACGGGAAGACGUCAAGCCCUACACCCCCGCGAUCAUUCCCGCGGUUGUUAGUAUUGGCAUCAUUGCGUUCUUCCUCUGGAAGUACUUUGCGUACCUCGGAACAAAACGACGACGAACAUAUCGCACCGUUCGUGACGUCCCGUCACCGCCACGCGACGAAGAAAUAUUGGAGCAUCUACAACGCGGCGCACCGCCGCCACCCGAUUUCGGGUACACCAUGGUUAGGGAUAGGCGGCCCGGCAGAUUGCCCGCCGCACGACGACGACGCCCACCACGCGUGCAUAAGCGCACGAUCAUCGAGCUACAUCUAGAAGUGCUGCACGAAUGCGAAACGGCCGCAUGGGAAAACGUCAACGACGACUAUUGGAAGAUUGUCGUGCAGCAGUUUGCACAGGAUUUGAUGCAGAACGAGGACACGAAUAACAAUACCUUGGUUGUUUCUACCACAACGCAGGCUUUAUCAGGAAACAAUGUUUCCUCCACUGACUCGGCAGGAACGGAUCCAUGUCCACCGCAUGAACACGACCCCGAUCCAUGGAGUUGUAUGGAAAACAUACAGUUAGCAACGGAACCUUCUGCAUCUAACGCACAUGACCCCGAUUCAUGGAGUAGUAUGGAAACUAUACAAUUACAAACGGACCCUUGUCCACCGAAUGAACCCGACCCCGAUCCAUGGAGUUGUAUGGAAUCCAUACAGUUAGCAAUGGACACUUCUCCACCUACUGCUGAUGACCCUGAUGCAUGGUGUUGUAUGGAAACCAUACAGUUCGCAACGCACCCUUGUGCACCUAACGACGAGGACCCCGAUCCAUGGCGUUGUAUGGAAACUAUACCGUUAGCAACGGACCCUUCUGCAUCUAACGAAGAUGACCACGACCCAUGGAGUUGCAUGGAAACUAUACAAUUACAAAUGCACCCUUCUGCACCGCAUGAACACGACCCCGAUCCAUGGAGUUGUAUGGAAACCAUACAGUUAGCAACGGACCGUUGUCCGCCUAACGAACAGGACCGAUGGAAUUGUAUGGAAACCAUACAGUUAGAUGCACAACAGAAUGCUCAUUCCAACCCCAACCACGUGACGUCGGAGUGCACCCAAUGGAUUAACUGGAUUGACCGCAACAAGCACCUUUUGCGGGCGUGCACCACGCAGCCGUGGUUUCAAACCCUCAAAUCGGAAUGGAAACAAUACCUGCGUGCGCACAUGGAGGAACACGAAGACAACGGAGUAUCCGGGCAGCGUACACUCGGUGCAGCGGCAACCAUGGAAAGCAAGAAGCACGCAUGGAAAGAAUGGGUAGCGCAACAACAUCGGCAAAUGAGUAUGUAUGGCCAGGAGGAGUGGUUUCAACAUUUGUUGAAUAAUGUAGAGGAGGCGGCAGUACCGCAAAAAGGCGAAGUACCACGACUAGAAAAACACUUCAAAAUGGAAAAAGUAAUGGGCACAGAACACUUGCUACACGUGCGCGAUGUACCACGGUCGCAACUGCAUCGGUCACCUCAUAUGAAAACACCGUUAACUGCCAAAUUGUGGAUGCUGCUGCUGGCGUCGAUAAUCGAAGAAUGUGAAAUCGAACGCAGUUUGCAGGAGACGGAGUUAUAUGUGGAUGACCUAUUGGACAAGCUCUGA